AAGCGACCAGGCCGACCCACGGAGUUCCACGUGCUGGACGAGAGGCAGAGCAGGGCGGGCGUACAUGCCCUCGAGGACGUUAGCAACAGCCGCAAGCUGCUGGAGUCCGACAAGGCGAAGGCGCUGACGCUGUACGUGACCAAGCACCCGAACGUCUUCGAAGGCGCCAAGGUGUUCGUGUCCAAGAGCUCCCUGCCGGAGGGCUGGCACUAUUCUGAGGAGCAGCUCCACAGCGCUGGCGGGCCCGCGUACGUGUCUCCCGACGGGAGCUCGAUGAUCAGGCGCGAGACGCGAAUGAAGGUCCAGCUCAUCGCAACCAAGCACGCGCCCAGGACAAGCUCAUGGCAGUGGGCACCACCAGGGGAGACGACCUAGGGCCGUACGACGCCUGAGGGGCCCGCCGCCGCCGCGAGCCACCGGGGCGAGCGGUCGGAGGCGAGAUUGGGCGAGGGGCCGGCUGCUCGUCGGAGCCAGCUCCUGUGCAUCCUUCCGCGUUCCUGCACUUCUUAUUCCUCCUCCUCCUCCUCCUCCUCUUCCUCCUCCUCUUCUACCUCCGCCUUUCCUGGGCAGCAGCCGCGCCGCCGCCUCCUUUCUUGUCCGUUUCCUUCGCCGCCUGCGCUGGCGCACCAGCAGUGCUCCAGAAUGCCCUUGCGGACCUGCGCAUGCCACUCCAAGAGGGAAUGGUUUGGACUUGCAUCCUGCAGCGCCCGCCGGCCCUGGCGCGUUUGCAACGCAUCACCAGGUGGUAGCAGUGGCCGCUUGUGUGCGAAUGUCUGCGGCAAAUCACCACCUGGAGUCAGAAUAGUUCUCGCAAUGGCUCGCUGCACCGCCAUGCCUAGAAGCCCUGCCCACCUGUGUAGUAAGCCCAGGCCCAUGCCCCGCCGGAGCGCAUCACUUACAUCUCUCGUGCGUUCUCGCGCAAGCAGUGGCAGUAAUUGUACCGCUUGCGGUCCCAUCCUGCCGUAGACCUCUGCACCUAGUGAUUGUAUAGAUCCCAACCCACUAUCGCGCACUUCGUGGUAGAUGCUGUUGUUCGCAGUUUCAGCCUGUUCCAACAGCCGCCCUCCGUAGUUGUUUGUCCCUGAUCUGGGGGCCCCAUUCCCUGAAAUCGGAGAAAGAACUGUUGCAUCGCAG